AUGAACGGCAUCGAUCUGGUUUCAGGAUCCGGCAUCAAGGUGCCAAUGGCCAUUCUGAAUUGUCUCUACGCUCGCCAAUUAUGUUACGAGGAUCCGUCGUGCAGCGCCAUAUUGGAAAUUAUACCGAGGGUUUGCGGUCCGGAAUUAGUGGCAUGCUCGACGGUGACGGUGAAAAAGUGUCAGGCGGCUCUGCGCACCCUGCAGGCUUUCACUUUCUUCCGACCGACGUGCCUCUGCAGGGAGCCGCAUGUCGAUCCGGACUGCAACAGCUUCCAGAACUUCCUGUUCGACCACCCAUGCGACUACGUGGAGUGGAAAGACAAAGACCCAUAUCCAAUAGACGCAUUGCCGACAUGCAAUCAUGCGCUUAAUACUUGUCUACGUGGGAAACCUUGCAAUCAGAUCUUUAAGGAUUUUAAAACCAACUGCAAGAUUCAAGAAGGCCAGUGCAAAAUGGAGAAUCGAGAUGCUUGCCAUGAUUCCUGGACGCAACUGCGACUAUCGCCAAUGUUCGGCUGCAUAUGUCCGAAUAAUCAUAUGAAGCGACGAUGCGACAAGAUCUUCUCGACGGUGAACCACAAUCCCUGCGUUGAGGUCCUGCCCUCCUCCACCUCCGUAGACCUGUCGGGCACGGAUUCGGCCCUGUACCCGUUCGACCCACAGCAGGAGAACUACCAGGAGAUCUGGUUGCCGCCGACCAGUAUGUACCCCUCUUUUCUGUUCCCCGGGACCGCGCGCACUCCGCCGUACUACGACCCCGACAGCACGUACGACAUACGGGAGCCCGGCGACCGCUAUCAUCACCACCACCGUCACGGCGAUCGACAUCAUCACCAGGAAGCGCCGGAGCUGCCCGGCAGGCCAGCCGUCCUCGUUGUCGAGACAUACGACCCUCGGACCGAUUCGGACCGGUACGAGACCGACGUGAAUCGGUUCGAGGAUCGUGCGGCGACCUCGCGUCCAGGCGUUAAUCAUCUGGAUCGGUCGACGGAUGGAUCUUCUUCCUCCUUCUCCUCCUCUUCUUCUUCUUCCUCCUCUUCUUCUUCUUCUUCGUCUUCGUUGUCCAAGCAUGAUCGCGCCUCCGGCACAGUGCACCUGCAGCCCCAAAGCGAGCAUGACGCGCACCCGCACCAGCAUCGGCACCAUCACCAACAGCACCAGCACCAUCGUCAGCACCUCUCACUACCCGCACCGCCGUCCGUCGUCGCGACGCUGUCGUCGUCGUCGGCGGGCUCGUACGCGCCGGCGGCUGCUCGUCCCACGCCUACCGUGUUGGACGAGCCGUUGGGGGCCCACCACGGGCCCGGCCAUGCCGAAUCGCCGCGGCUGCCGGCCCCGAGGAAGUUUGCGCCUAGGCCCACCUAUGAGCACCGCGCGAUCUUCGACCGCGCCGACGACGACUUAGAUGACCUCGAAAUCAGGCCAGCCGGCGCGCCCCUCGAUCGGAUCUUCGAUUUUCGCGAAGAGUUCGUCGAUCAAGUGAAGGUCAUCGCUCAUCCGGACAAUUCCACCAGCUUUGAGGUGAUUGAAUCGCAGUUGGAAAAUCCACUGAUCGAUGCUAAACAUCGGGAUCUGUUCAACAUGAAGCAGAUCCCUAUUCCGGUUGGCCAUCAUCAUCGCAGUCAUCACAAGAGGAACCAAACAGAUGACUUCGAACAGGUGGGUAUGGAGCCACCGUCCUCUACGUCAGACAUCGAUAAGAUACAACAGCCGGUGAAACUGAUCUUAUCCAGCACGUGCCAUCAUGCUUACACGUCCUGCAAAAACGAUCCGGAAUGUAAGAAUCUGCUGGAACCCGUCCUGAACCACUGCGACUCGACGACGUGUGCGAGGAACGAGUGCAUGGAAGCGUUGCAGCACUUCUACAAGACCGCCAAUCACAAGCAUUCCGUGGAAAUUGCCUUCUGCCUCUGCAGGAAAACGGACAACAAAAAGGACGAGUGCAUAGUAGCGCAAGAGAAAAUGCAUCCAACUUGCGCGCAACGCAUAGACGGCGCCGAAAUGCCAACGUGUCACAGUCUAGCCGAGACUUGCAAAGAGAACAGGAGUUGUAGACUUAGACUAGAGUAUUACGAACAGAGUUGCGCGGUCGACAGCAUGACGAAGAAAUGUGCUGGACCAACCUCUGAGUGCAGAAAAGCGAUGCUGGGCAUUCUGGGUACUGAACUUCAUACUAAUUGCGCUUGUAAGGGCACCGAGCUUAACCAGCUGUACGGCUGUCUGGGUUGGCAGCGGCUUCUCUGGGUGAAUCCUUGCGUAGUGGAAUCGCAGAAGGACUACCACGCGCGUAGAAAGCACCAUCAUUCGCGAACGACAACAGCAAAGACAACAACGACGGCGGCCGUCGCGUCAACGACAAGGUCACCGGCAAGCACGGUGGCGACCACCGCGGUCGAACAAGUGGAAGAUAACCAAAUACCGGAAGUGACGAGGUGGCCGACCACCGAACCCACGGAAACUUGGGAAAUCACAACCACCACGAUAAGCACCACUCCGAGUACCACCACAACCACCACGCCGACACCACGCUUCUGCGUGGUUCAAAGGUCGAAUGCACACAGUCAGCAAUACAUAAGGGAAGGCAAGGGCAAAAGGCUUUAUCGUGAAGACGAGCCCGAAUGCUCAGAAUUGUGUGUCUGUGCUGAGGGUGAGCAACUCGUGUGCAACACCUUGUGCAUCGAAACGUUACCCUGUAAGACGGAUUUUGCUUUCUACAAUCAUGAAGCGCCAGCCUACCAAGCGCAUCGAGGUCCUUGCCUUUGCUACAGCGGCGGCUUUAUAUGCAUGCGGCCUUCGCCCGAGACAUAUAGUAUACCGCACGGGGUUUUCAUGUUCCUGGGAUACAGCGAGAAGGACGAGACCUUAUUGAAGCAGUACAACAAUGUGACCGUGCUGGACGCGGUGUCAUCUCUCGAUAAUUUCAUGAGAAAGGAAGUCAAUAAUCAGACAGUAUGCACACUCUUCUUGUAUAACGCGACCCGAGAAAACGUGAUUGCAGUGGCACGGCUCGGGACCGACAAUCCACCCUUAAAUAGCAGCCAGGCUCAAAGUCUGCAACACCUGCUGCGCGUCAAGGAGGAGUGCGCGUCGAUGAUGCAAGAUCUCAGCGACAAGAUCAACAAUAAGCAUCAUGAAGUACGCACGCAUCCACUACUCUCGAUCUUCAAGAUGGCCGAGGUUGAGGUGAAGAUGCCAUACAGUAACGAAGCGACGAACUCCAGGUCGUCGUCGGUGCUCCUUGUUGUUCUGUUUGCAAUUAGCCUCUUCGGGUCGACGUGCCUCUUUGAUUCGUGA